AUGUUCAAACUUCUGAUCUAUCACUUUCUUUUAGAAAUUUGCAUUAUCGUAGCAGUAACGAAUGCAUCAUUCAUUGUAAAGACACCCAAAAAUUCAUUUAACCAACCAUUCCAUCCGACUACCAAAAUUUACGGGUCAUAUGCACAAUCCAUUAAUGGUCCAGGACAUGUAGCAAAUAUAGAGCUCAACACAAACAUAUCAUCAAUAAAUCCUGAUAACUUCGAAUAUGUUCAAAACAUUCAAUGUGGCCAAGAUGGAAAAAUCACUUUAACGUUAAGUAACGAAUCGGCUCUUCAUGAUAUACUAAAUUGGCCAUCAAAGGUCAUCAUUUUGAUUAGCGACAAAUGGAAAUGCUUUGGACAAUCCACAACGCAAUUUUAUUUAGUAGGAAACCAAUCAAUCGACGAAAUAAAAAAGCAAGUCAAUUUUACAUCUGAACCUUGUGAAGUUUUAAAAUGGACAGAAAAUUAUUCAUUUGAUCUCGUAUGGGAUCAAUCUAUAAAACCACUUAAAAAACGAACAAAAAACUUACACCUUCGAGAUUCGGAUCAACAAACUGAAUUUGAUCUUAGAAUUUUAUUUGAUUCAAGAACAGGUUCAUCAUCUAAAUCAAACUUCACAUUGUCAAUUGGACAAAACAACACAAGUGAAUCUUUAGUAUGCACAAAUUGUUUCACAAAUGGAUCAGCUACAAUUGGUCUACAUGUUUCAGGCACUCCCUUAAAUAUAACCAACGCUACAAUUUCAAUAUCAGGAAACCUGAGAAUUAAUGUUGAUAUCGCCGUAUCGGCUUCUGUAACGAUCAACCCGUUUUCAUCCCCCGAUAUUCAAAUCGCCGAAAUUCCAUUAACUACUUUAAGCGUACCCGGACUUUUCAACUUAGGUCCAGCGCUGAUUUUGGUAGCAAAUGCUAAAGUAGCUUCUAGUUUAACCGGAACAUUGAAUACUGGCG